UAAGAUGGGUUAUCCGAGGUGCAACGUGGUAUUAGUAUUUGGUAAGCAUCUCAUGCUGUCAUGCAGCCGCAAAUUUGAUAUUAUCCAGAAGCACAUACAGAGGUUACUUAACACGUGUGCAUCUUAAAAAGGAAAACUGACACGUGGGCACAAACACACAUAUUCACACAGAGAUGCUGGGAUUGUCAAGGCUCAUUUGAGAAGAGGAUGGAGAAGUUGAAGAAUCCGGAAAUGGAGGGAGCUGGAGAUAAGAAGGAGAGGGUGAUGAUAGCAAUUGAUGAGAGUGAAUUCAGUCGUUAUGCAAUUGAAUGGACUCUUCAACACUUCCACGCUUCCUUGCUGAACUCACAAAUUGUGCUCUUCACCGUUCAGCCAAUCGUUGACUAUGGCUAUAUCUAUGCUUCUUCCCUUGGCUGCACUUCUCCUGAAGUGGUAAGAACCAUCCAAGAAAAUCAAAAGAAAGUUGCCACUGCUCUUUUGGAUAAAGCUACUGAUAUCUGCAAAAAAUAUGGGAUAACAGCAGAGACAGUCAUGGAGGCAGGAGAUCCUAAAGAGGCCAUAUGUCAAGCAGUAGAAAAAAUGAACAUCCAAUUGCUUGUGCUGGGAAGCCACAGCAGAGGGGCUCUGCAAAGGGAUUAUGAAUUACAGGGCCUUCCUCGGAAGCGUCAGCACGUACUGUGUCCACAAUGCCAACUGCCAGGUUCUUGUUGUCAAGAAGAAGCCUUGAGAUAACAGUAAUUAUCCAUUUCUGUUGCACUGAGGGGAAAUCAUGUACAUACAUACAUCAGCUGGAAUAAGUAACAAUGGGUCGUUGCAAUCUAGUGGUUUGAUAUACUUUCAAAUAAAGAUGGUUGUAAUGUAUGGAUGUGUGGUAGACAUCUUUAUAUCGCUAGGUUCUGUAAUGUUUUGAUUUAUAUUUUGAGUUGAGAAAUCUCUUGUGGUUCAUAAUUAUUUGGAGUCAGAAUUGCUUUAUGCUUCUUCAGAUCUUCAUAUAUGGUGCACCUUUUCCA